AUGUCUGAUUCCGAAGUAUCAAGGAGCCAAUAUGACGCAUCUCAGUUCGCCAACCCAUUCAUCGAUUCAGACUUUCCACAAACAGAUGAAUCCUCAGACGUGCUGAGUAGUCAGAGCAUAGCACAUUCGACUCCUGUCUCAGACACUCCCCCUUCCCCUCGAUAUCCUCGUGCCCCCGACUUACUACAGCGCGUCGGCAAACUCUUUCAACCAUCUUAUAUUCUCUACAACUGCGACAAAACCGAUCCAAUGAUGGAGAUGUCUCAGAUACAGUUUGUGAAAUGGUGGCUAAUGACUGAGUUUGGCAGCAAGAAAGAACUGCAGAAAUCUAUUAGAUGGGAUACUAUACUGAAAAAGUCUGAUGUUUGGAGCUCAUUUGAUCAGGUUGCAAAUGCGCGGACUGGCGAGCCCAAGGUUAUGUGCAACCGCUGUCAAAGUGUGGUUGUUCACCCAAGGUUCAAUCGUUCUGGUCCCUCUCCCAUGAAGAACCAUCUUAAUAGUGCGUACUGCACUCAGCCGCGGAAGACUACAAAGCAAAGCAUAGACCAGCUCUUCCGAGAGAUGGCAACAAGCACAGAAUUCAGCCAGACAUCCCUUCAGAAGAAGAUCCUCAAGUUUAUCACGACCACCCGUCUCCCAUUCCGCACUGUUGAGCACCCGGAGUUCAAAGAGCUUCUGCAAUGCACCAGGCUCGCCACAUCAGAGCUCAAUAUCCCGUCCGCCCGCAGUUUGAAACGUCUUUUAGAUAAUGAAGUCCAGGCACAGCAACAGAGCGUGCUCAGUAAGCUUCCACCUGGAAGCUCUCUCUCUAUUGCACUUGAUUGCUGGACCUCUCCGUUUGGCCAGGCAUUUAUGGCAAUCACUGGAUACUUCCUCGACCAGGACUGGAAUUACUGUGAGGUUCUUCUUGGAUUUGAGCAUAUCCAAGGAUCCCAUACUGGGACUCAGCUAAGUGAGACUGUUAUCCGAAUCUUGCAAGAGCAUGGUAUUACCGACCGAGUAUUAUCAAUCACAACUGAUAAUGCAUCAAAUAACAACACCAUGAUUCACGGUGUUCAAGAGAUGGUUCAGUCCCAGGCUCUUCACAAUACCUCUGUUUUCCGAGUACCAUGCAUUGUGCACGUUAUACAACUUAGCCUGAAAGACCUCCUUGGAAAGAUCAAAGCGAACCCAAAGAAUGCAGAGGCCGAGUCAGAGUGGUCAGAAGAACGUACGAAGUCGCUACAGUCCGCUCCAGGUUACGCUUCAGGGAAUAUCGUGGCUACUUUGAAGAAGAUUCGAGAGCUCGCUGUAUUCAUUACCGCCAGUCCUCAGCGCCGAGAGGCUUUCCGGGCGCUUCAAACAAUAGAGCCCAAGCUUCUACCGAUUCAGGAUGUCCGUACACGCUGGAAUUCUACUUUCUUAAUGCUCGAACGUGCCAAGAAACUACAGCGAUACUGUGCAACCCACCAAUACGUUCAAUUUCAGCUCGGCCAAGAGGAAUGGCGCCAAGUGGAGUAUCUCCUUUUGGUCACAAAGCCUUUCUUUCAUUACACCAAGAUCUUGUCCAAGACUCAAGAUGUUACUGUUCAUUCGGUCUUCAGCAUCUAUAAGGAGCUCUUUAACCAUCUUGAUAAUGUUGCGGAGUUACUAGAACGCAAGACUGUCCCUUGGAAAAAGAGAAUGCUUCAGGCACUACAGGCAGCGAAACAGAAACUCUCAAAGUACCACAGAGCGACCGGCAGUGAAUCGUUUGGCACAGUUUAUGCAAUUGCAACUAUUCUGUGUCCAUCGAAGAAGCUUCGGUUUUUUGAAGGCGAUGACUGGAAAGAGAAAAACGAGAAGGGAGAAGAUAUCAAUUGGAUGGAGAUCUAUCGGGAUAAACUACAGAAGGAAUUUGACCAAUAUCAACAACGCAUAACCCGCCGCAAGGAGCCCUCUCAAGCCCAAGUCUCUCAAGAAGUGGACGAAGAGGAGCUUGAUCUGAUGAUGGAUUUGCACGCUUUACACAGUGAAAUUGACCGACCGGAGGAUGAGAUCACACGAUAUCUUGCACAGGGUCUUACCAAAGGAAAGCCAAGGGUGUUCUGGAAGGAGCAUGAGCAUGAAUAUCCAGUGCUUGCAGCGAUGGCGCGGGAUAAUCUGGCAACACCUGCUAGUGGCGCUGGUGUUGAGCGGCUCUUCAAUUGUGCUCGUGAUGUCUGUCACUAUCGCCGGGGGCAGCUUAAACCAGAAACCAUCAGGUCUCUAAUGCUUCAUCUGUUCGCAUCGAAGUUCGAGCUUCAACAAACCGAGCUCGAGAUGAUCAAGGAGUAUCUCUCUAGCGGAGAGGUUGCCAUACUCGAUCAGACAUGGAAGCCAACUCCGUCGCUUCACGAUAUCGAGCCGAUCAGUGAAAACGAAGAAGAUGGUAAUCAAGCGGAGGAUGGAUCGGAUGACUCAGAAAAUGAUUUGGGAUAUAGUUAUACAGUUGAGCAGGCGACUCCUACACCGGUUCCAAUCCGGGGCAAGCAACCACGGCGCAAGCGGCCUCAUAGUGCCGUUGAGCCUCAGGAUGAUGGUGAUAAGGAUCUCCCGCUUCCUGAUAUGCCAACUGAGAAGCCCACGCAGGGGAGAUCGGGGAGGAUUCGGAAGAAGCCAAAGCAGCCAGAUGGAUUUGAGUUUGAUAACCUGUGA